AGAAAACGAAGAACCCAAAAUUAGGUAUUUUUUUACUCAAAAUUGAGUUUAGACAGGUGAACUGAUAAAAUGGGUGAAUUUCGAACUGAAAAGUAAGUAAAUUUUACUCAACAAUUACGUUGUUGACGGACUACUUAAAUAUAGGUAAAAAAAACUUGUUUGAUUUCACGAUUUUUUGUUAAUGUUGUUUCUUGGUUUCAAAUUAAAAUUAGUAAGUAUUCCACGAAACAUGUAAGGAUUCGUUAAAAUAUUACGUAACGCUGAAGGGGAAGAGAGAGGGUUUAGCAUUGUGUUGCUUCAUACAAAAUUUCCUAUACAAAAAUAGUUACGUGGGGGGGGGGAGGUAGAAGGUCUAAAAUAGUCGAAUUUUCCGUUAUGUAAUAUUUGAAUGAGCCCCUCAAAGCAAACAUUAAGUAUUUUGCAUAAAUGUAUAUAUAAAUAAAUAAAAUCAAUUGAAGAUUGCAUGAAUAAUUUUACUAACAACUGUAAAACCCAAAUUUGAGUUUAAAUCACUUAGCGUGCCACUAGGUAAUUUAAACCCAAUUUUGGGUGAAAAAAAUGAGGCAGCCAUUUUGAGUUGCAGCUGUGAUGCUCCGCGCCGCCAGCAUCAGUUCUGUUUCGUCAGUCGCGUGCGCGGUUCAGUUUUACUUUGUAGAAAAAAAAAAUUGUAAAAUAAUUCCGAACCGGUUGAUUUUAUUCUUUAGUCUUUUUUAUUGUGCUCGGGAGUGUCUUCCGUCGUUGCCCUCGGGAGUCCAGGUGAGUUUUUUGCAACAAAUUUUCAGACCGCAUAAUAAUGUUUCCAGAAAAUCGCCGGUGACCGGUUUAGGUUAUGAUUUUUCUGUUCGCCGACCAUUUGUAAAUUGCUGCUCCGCUCCAAUUCGUCGCCCGCCGUGAACCCAGCGUGCUGUACUCCGUCAUCCAUCAUUGUCCGGUGGAAUCGUUCCAGCUGUUCCAGCCGUCCGAAGCCAGGAGCCGUUGAGGAAUCCGCACCGGUAAGCUUGGCCGUCUAAUUUGCUGCUCCACCUCCGUGAAUUCGCGUGCCCAUCAGAUUGUUAAUGAGCUGUGUUCCGCCGCUGAUCGAUCCGUGAACGUCCGGAUCCUUUGUCAGGUGGAAUCGUUGUCCGAAUCCAGUAGCCGAACCCACGAGCUUAUCAGAUUGCCGGCGUGCUGUUUUUCGCGGCUGUCCCGUGAUCCUCCGUUCCAACUGGUCCAGCCGUCCGAAGCCAGUAGCCGUUUAGGAGUCCCCACCCGUAAUUUGUCGCCCCUCUGUGGACCCGCAAACCCAUCAGAUUGCCGGUGAGCUGUGCUCCGACGCUGACGCCGUCCGGAUCAAUCUUUGCCAGGUGGAAUCGUUCACCGAAUCCAGUAGCCGAACCCACGACCUCAUUAGAUUGCCGGCGUGCUGUUUUUCGCGGCUGUCCCGUGAUCCUCCGUUCCAACUGGUCCAGCCGUCCGAAGCCAGUAGCCGUUUAGGAAUCCCCACCCGUAAUUUGUCGCCCCUCUGUGGACCCGCAAACCCAUCAGAUUGCCGGUGAGCUGUGCUCCGACGCUGACGCCGUCCGGAUCAAUCUUUGCCAGGUGGAAUCGUUCACCGAAUCCAGUAGCCGAACCCACGACCUCAUUAGAUUGCCGGCGUGCUGUUUUUCGCGGCUGUCCCGUGAUCCUCCGUUCCAACUGGUCCAGCCGUCCGAAGCCAGUAGCCGUUUAGGAGUCCCCACCCGUAAUUUGUCGCCCCUCUGUGGACCCGCAAACCCAUCAGAUUGCCGGUGAGCUGUGCUCCGACGCUGACGCCGUCCGGAUCAAUCUUUGCCAGGUGGAAUCGUUCACCGAAUCCAGUAGCCGAACCCACGACCUCAUCAGAUUGCCGGCGUGCUGUUUUUCGCGGCUGUCCCGUGAUCCUCCGUUCCAACUGGUCCAGCCGUCCGAAGCCAGUAGCCGUUUAGGAAUCCCCACCCGUAAUUUGUCGCCCCUCUGUGGACCCGCAAACCCAUCAGAUUGCCGGUGAGCUGUGCUCCGACGCUGACGCCGUCCGGAUCAAUCUUUGCCAGGUGAAAUCGUUGUCCGAAUCCAGUAGCCGAACCCACGACCCCAUCAGAUUGUCCCGUGAUCCUCCGUUCCAGCUGGUCCAGCCGUCCGCAGCCAGUAGCCGUUUAGGAAUCCGAACCCGGAAACUUGGCCGUCUAAUUUGCUGCUCCGUCGCCCGCCUUGAACCAACAAACCCACCUGCUUGUCGGUGUACUGUCCGGAAGAUUGUACGCUGGCGUCAAUGAUGGAAGGAUUACGGAAAAAGAUUGACGACGACAUCUACCGUAAACUGGUCGAUAUGCAUUGUCAUAUUGAUGGAUGUGAUCAAUGCUUCAAUGAUAUAAAUGAGAUUAAAACUCAUUUUAUAAAUGAACAUAAGAUUAGUACCAGCCGAAAAGCAAAUAUUCCCUUCAAAUGCUCGCAGUGUAAAUCAUUGUAUUGGUAUUUUCCUGACUUUAAAAAACACGCCAUAAAUAACCAUUCCAUGACAAACGUUGCAUAUGAGGAUGCUGACGUAUUACAACACGGCAAUAGAAUCGAAGAGGAGAACGAUGUGAGAGAUGUGGAAGCAAUUUCAGCGAUAAAAAAUCCAUACUUUUUUGAAGAACCGAUUUCGUUGGAAAAAAUGACUUCCGAUGUCGAAGAUCUUAUCACAGGACUACGGUGUGAUGUUUCAUUACCAGAAAAGAAAGUGCAGGUUUUUAUUGACACAAUUUCAUCAGUGUUAAGUUGGACGCAAAGGUAUACAAUGUCCGUUAUCAAAUCAUAUAUUGAAACGAAACAACUUUCAUUGGAAGACGAUGAUACAUUGGAAUUGCUAAAUGCUGUGCAUAUACCGAAUAUUGUAUCAACCGUACGGACGCAUAAAAGCAACGUUUCAAAUCUCGAAGUGAAGGCUGGUUGUACAAUACCUGAACCAGUGGAACAUGUCCUAGGUAGAACAAAAACCAUCCAUCGUGUUCUGUUACUCCCUACUCGAGGCAAAAAAUUUCAAAAUUUGGUUAAGCAGAAUCAAGUCAGUAAAAAAGUUAGACUACAGAAAGAUGUCUACCAUUAUAUACCUAUAAUCGACACUUUAAGAUUGAUUAUGACCAAUCCAGGAGCCCGUGAAAUGAUAGAAAGCGAAGCACGACAAUUUGAUGACACCAUACGUACAUUCAAAGACGGUCAUCAAUUUACUUUGCAUGCCUUCCUGAACGAUCACCCUUGUGCUCUACGCCUUUCAUUUCAUAUUGACGAAGGAGAAUAUGCAGAUGCGUUAGGAUCCAGGAAAGGAAAGAACAAAUUGACAAAUGUUUGCAUCAAAAUUCAAAACAUUGAUGCUAGAAUCAAUUCAUCGUUGGACCGGGUAUACAUUGCACUCAUGGUUAAAUCUAGUGUCUUGAAAAAGUAUGGAUACAGAAAGGUUUUCCAGCCGUUGAUCGAAGAUCUUCUAAAGUUGGAAAGUAAGGAGGGCGUUAAACUUAAAACAGCUGCAGCGCAUCGAGUGACAGAUGCAAUAUUGUGGGACUUCGACGAGAACGAUUUGAUUGCCAUAGGAAUCACCGAAAAAGGGCCCAUUAAAUUAAUACUGAAAUAUAUAGCGGAUAAAAAGCCUCAAGAAGAAAAUCCUUCUUCUUCGUCAACGCAUGAAGAAUCCGAAGUGACAAUUCGUGCCAUACUCAAGAAGGAUGUCAAAUUCCAAAAAGUAAUUCAUCGUUAUUUGGAUUACGACCUGGUACCAGACCAUAAGGGACUACUUCAUAUGAAUCGUAUUCUAACCACCCAUUUCUUCGAGCAUCAAAUCUGCAAAGAAUACAAAUACCCGACAUGGCAGCAAAAACAGAAGCUGGCGAAGAAAAUUCUUGAAGAAUUUCCUCAACUGAAAUCAACGCGAGUCAAUGACGACGCUCCACCUGAGUCGCACUUUUUUUGGAAAAAUGGUGGACGUAAAACUGGUUGCCAUACUGGUUUAAUCGAAACCAGAGUGGGCAAUAUGCGCAAAGACGUCCCCGAAGAUAAAAGGGCAUUUCGUCGGACGAAGCAGAACGAAGCAGUUAAGCCCGACGAGUUAGAGGAACUAGCGUGUAGCAUUGCAGCCAUAAGCCCUACUCCACAAAAUGCUCGCAACAUCUGCGAAAGUAUGGCUCAAUGCUUUCCGUUGCAUGAGUGGCUGUUGAAAUCAAACAAGGAAAAUAAGCCACAGGAAAUACUGCGAACCUUUCCGCACUUAUUGGCAUACUAUGGCCUAUUG